GAAGAAUGAAAGAAAAGAAAGAUGAAAGAAUGUUGAAGCACUUUGUUUGGCUGUAUGAUGGAAGGAAACAGAACUGAGAACCCCCACAGGAGAACACGUGGAUGGCUUCAACAAGAUAAUGAUGCUAAGCCAUGGCUUUGGAAAUUCUCCAAUUGCUUUUCUCGUCCUGAGCAGAUACUGCCUCUUAGUCCCCAAACGAAAGAGUACAUGGAGAACAAGAAAGUUGCUGUGGAGUUAAAGGAUGUACCAUCUCCCCUUCAUGUUGGCUCUAAACUUUUCCCAGCAGUCCCACUUCCUGAUAUUAAUUCUCUUCAGCAACCUAAAAUACAGCUCUCAGCCGUCCCCAAAGUAAGCUGCUGUGCUCAUUGCCCUAACGAACCCUCCACAUCACCCCUGCAUUUUGGUGGUGGCGGUGGCAGCAGUGGAGGUGCUAGUAGCUUGAUUCACACGGGCACACUCUUAGACUCAAAAAGCACCAGGACAAUCACGUGUCAGGUAGGGUCAGGGUUUGCUUUCCAGUCUGCAUCUUCACUUCAGAAUGCCUCAGCUAGGAACAACUUGGUGGGCCUUGCGAGUGACUUCCCUGGCAUGUGUGUAGAGGGUAACCUGUCUUCCUGCAAGCACCUGCCCUGUUGUGGGAAGCUCCAUUUCCAGUCAUGUCACAGUAACGUGCACAAGCUACAUCAGUUCCCGACUCUCCAGGGCUGCACCUCUGCUGGCUAUUUCCCUUGUUCUGAUUUCCCAAGUGGGGCUCCUGGGCGUUUGGAAGAGCACCUUCCCCAGUCGGAGCUGACGCCUCACUUGUGCACCAACUCUUUGCACCUAAACGUGGUACCUCCGGUUUGUUUAAAGGGCUCGCUUUACUGUGAAGACUGUCUAAACAAGCCGGCAAGAAAUAGUAUACUUGAUGCUGCUAAAGUCUGGCCAAAUAUACCACCUCCAAGCACUCAGCCCGCACCUCAUGCUAUCCCUCUGUGCAAUGGCUGUGGAACAAAAGGAACAGGGAAGGAGACCACGCUGUUACUGGCAACCAGUCUAGGCAAAGCUGCUUCGAAAUUUGGGUCACCAGAAGUUGCAAUAGCCGGACAGGUGCUAGAAAACCUACCCCCCAUUGGAGUUUUUUGGGAUAUUGAAAACUGUUCAGUUCCCUCUGGCCGGUCAGCUACUACUGUUGUGCAAAGAAUCCGUGAAAAGUUUUUUAAAGGACACAGAGAAGCAGAAUUUAUUUGUGUAUGUGACAUCAGUAAAGAAAACAAAGAAGUUAUUCAAGAACUGAAUAAUUGCCAGGUAACUGUUGCUCACAUCAAUGCUACUGCAAAGAAUGCUGCUGAUGAUAAACUGCGCCAGAGCCUGCGAAGGUUCGCAAAUACACACACUGCUCCAGCUACUGUGGUUCUUGUGUCAACUGAUGUCAAUUUUGCAUUGGAACUCAGUGACCUGAGACAUAGGCAUGGUUUUCACAUCAUUUUGGUGCAUAAAAACCAAGCCUCCGAAGCAUUGCUGCAUCACGCUAACGAGCUGAUCAGAUUCGAAGAGUUCAUCUCUGACUUGCCCCCCAGGUUACCACUAAAGAUGCCUUGCCACACUCUGCUCUAUGUUUAUAACCUACCAGCCAAUAAAGACGGCAAGAGCAUCGGCAACAGGCUCAGGCGCCUGUCUGACAACUGUGGUGGCAAAGUGCUGAGUAUCUCAGGCUGCACUGCAAUUCUCCGCUUCAUAAACCAAGAUAGUGCAGAGCGGGCCCAGAAGCGGAUGGAAAACGAAGAUGUCUUUGGUAACAGGAUCAUUGUGUCGUUUACUCCAAAACAUAGAGAACUCUGUGAAGCCAAGAGUUCAAAUGCAAUUGCUGAUAAAAUGAAGUCUCCCAAAAAAGUUAAGAACACAAAAUUGUGCCUCAUCAAAGACACAAGUGAACAGUCGCCCAGUGCCAAAGCCAUGCCUGGAAAAGGGUCACAGGCAAAUUCUGGAUCUGCUGCAAAAACCACAAAUGUUAAAAGUUUGCAGGAGCUGUGCCACAUGGAGUCAAAGACUGGCAGCAGAAACAGUGAGCACCAGCAAGGCCACGUGAAGCUGGCAGCACUGCCUCACGACGGCCCAAGCACUUCAGUGCCCACUCUGAAAUCCACAGGCAUGACGGAGCCGCUUUACAGAAACAGUCAGAAAAAAGAGACCCUGAGUGCCCGGAGUAUCACCAGUUCUCCUGUAGAGAAAAAGGAGAAGGAGGAGACUAUCUUCCAAGUGAGCUACCCAUCUGCCUUCAGCAAACUGAUUGCCUCAAGGCAAGUCAGCCCUCUGCUCACCUCACAGUCUUGGUCUCCUAGGAGUAUGUCUCCAAACCUUUUAAACAGAGCCUCUCCUCUUGCUUUCACCGUUGCCAACCCUACCAGCCUCACUGACUGUCCAGACCCAUUUGCAAACGGUGCUGACAUCCUGGUCAGCAACUUGGACUACAGGUUAUCCCGGAAGGAGCUUCAGCAGCUUCUCCAGGAGGCCUUCUCCAGGCAUGGCAAGGUGAAGAGUGUUGAGCUCAGUUCCCAUACAGAUUAUCAGCUCAAGGCCAUUGUGCAGAUGGAAAACCUCCAAGAAGCAAUCAGUGCAGUGAACAGCCUCCACAGACACAAGAUCGGCAGCAAGAAGAUCCUGGUCUCACUCUCCACAGGAGCUGCGAACAAGUCACUCUCUUUACUAAGUGCAGAGACAGUGUCUGUUCUUCAAGAUGCUCCUGCCUGCUGUUUACCUCUUUUUAAGUUUACGGACAUCUAUGAAAAAAAGUUUGGACACAAGUUGAACGUGUCAGAUUUAUAUAAAUUAACAGACACAAUUGCAAUCCGUGAGCAGGGAAAUGGGCGGCUAGUGUGUCUCUUACCCAGCAGCCAGGCCCGCCAGAGCCCCCUGGGGUCGUCACAGUCACAUGAUGGCUCCUCUACAAAUUGCAGCCCAAUUAUAUUUGAAGAGUUAGAAUAUCAUGAGCCCGUCUGCAGACAGCAUUGUUCUAAUAAGGACUUCAGUGAACAUGAAUUUGAUCCAGAUUCUUACAAGAUUCCUUUUGUGGUUCUGUCUUUGAAAACGUUUGCACCCCAAGUUCAUAGUCUUCUCCAGACCCAUGAGGGCACCGUGCCUUUGUUAAGCUUUCCAGAUUGCUAUGCUGCAGAGUUUGGUGACCUAGAAAUCUUACAGGACAGCCAUGGGGGUGUCCCCUUAGAACACUUCAUCACCUGCAUUCCUGGAGUUAACAUUGCCACCGCUCAGAAUGGCAUCAAAGUAGUGAAGUGGAUUCACAACAAGCCCCCACCUCCCAACACUGACCCUUGGCUUCUGCGUUCGAAAAGUCCUGUGGGUAAUCCCCAACUGAUCCAGUUCAGCAGAGCAGUUAUUGAUUUGCUGAAGAACCAGCCAUCUUGUAUCAUACCCAUCAAUAACUUCAUCCCUUCGUACCACCACCAUUUUGCAAAGCAGUGCCGGGUUUCAGACUAUGGAUAUUCCAAGCUGAUUGAGCUACUAGAGGCCGUGCCUCACGUGCUGCAGAUUCUUGGAAUGGGCUCUAAGCGCCUCUUGACCCUCACGCACAGGGCCCAGGUGAAACGCUUUACUCAGGAUUUACUGAAACUUCUCAAGUCCCAGGCCAGCAAGCAGGUCAUUCUGAGAGAGUUCUCACAGGCUUAUCAUUGGUGUUUCUCAAAGGACUGGGAUGUCACCGAGUAUGGUGUUUGUGAAUUGAUUGAUAUUGUAUCUGAGAUCCCAGACACAACCAUCUGCUUGUCCCAACAAGAUAAUGACAUGGUCAUUUGUAUCCCCAGAAGAGAACGUACUCAGGAUGAAAUCGAAAGGACAAAGCAGUUCUCGAAGGAUGUUGUCGAUUUGCUGCGUCACCAGCCCCAUUUCCGGAUGCCCUUUAAUAAAUUCAUUCCCUCGUACCACCACCACUUUGGCCGGCAGUGCAAACUCGCAUACUAUGGAUUUACCAAACUACUUGAACUUUUGGAAGCCAUACCUGAUAUUUUACAAGUAUUGGAAUGUGGAGAAGAAAAAAUCCUGACUUUGACAGAAGUAGAACGAUUCAAGGCUCUAGCUGCCCAGUUUGUUAAACUUCUGCGGUCCCAAAAAGAUAACUGCCUUAUGAUGACAGAUCUGCUUACAGAAUAUGCUAAAACUUUUGGAUAUACAUUUCGUCUCCAAGACUAUGAUGUUAGCUCAGUUUUGGCUUUGACACAGAAGCUCUGCCAUGUUGUGAAGGUGUUUACGAAUGAUAAGACAGAAGAGUAUGUGAAGCUCACAAGCCUGUACUUGUUUGCAAAGAAUGUGCGAUCUUUGCUUCAUACCUAUCACUACCAGCAGAUUUUCCUUCAUGAAUUUUCCAUGGCCUAUACCAAGUAUGUUGGAGAAACACUGCAGCCCAAGACAUAUGGGUACAAUAGCGUGGAGGAGCUCUUGGGAGCCAUCCCACAGGUGGUCUGGAUAAAAGGACAUGGUCAUAAGAGAAUUGUAGUGUUAAAAAAUGACAUGAAAAACCGGCUGAGCUCGCUUGGUCUGUCCCCUGCCAAUCUUGAGACCCAGCCAACAGACAACAAGCAGAUCUUGGAGGUGCCAGCAUCCCACAUAGCCUCGGAACUCCAGCUCGGAGCAGGGCCCAGUCAGAUGGAGCAGGAGCUCCUCCAUCUGGCCAGCAGCUCCCCUGUUGACCUCUUGUGUGCUCCCGUCCCUUCAUGCCUGCCAUCCCCUCAGCUGAGACCAGAUCCCGUCAUCCUGCAGCCCACUGAUCUUAUUCAGUUUGAGGAACACCCUCAAGAGCCUUCAGAAAUUAUGAUUUUAAGUCAAGAAGAAAAAGUUGAAAUUCCAGUGCCAGUAAAGAAGGAAAAGCUGCCCUGUGAUUCCAGCUCAUCUUUCAGCCCAGCACCAGCCCUGGCUCCUCCUGGCCCCUCCUCGGAAGCCCCAGAGUUGCUGCUUAUCAAGGACCCCAUGGAAAGCCCAGCCAAAAAGCAACCCAAAAAUAGAGUCAAAUUGGCAGCCAACUUUUCACUUGCACCUAUAACCAAGCUUUAGCUCCCAUUUUGAACACAGAAUUAGGAUGGGGAAAACUGUCUGACUCUACACACAAAAACAGGCUCAAAAACCUCCUUUUCUGGUUUAAGGAAACCCCCCGGAAGCCAUGUCUUUGUUGUCCUCCAAAGGAUUUUGUUUCUUUUGAGCUUUCAUAUGAAAUUUUUCUUUGUUUCAGUUAUUCGAAAGAACUCUGGCCGUCGUUAAAAAUCUAAAGUAUUGUGAAAUAAGGUGAUGUUCCAAAGAAAGUAAGCAGUGAGUCCUCAGCCAGCAGGAAAGGGCUUGACUCCCAUUGUGCUGCCAUGGUGGUCUGGCCUGUGCAGAGCCUACAGCCUCUGUCCUUUGCUUAAGCCAAACAUGGUUGUGUGAAGCAGGGCCUAUGGGCCAUACUUGGGGGACAAGCCACGGGAGGAGGGCUGCUUUCAGGCUGACAGAGGAAGGUUCCUGGCUUCCAGUGACUUGUUGGUGUGCCUUGUUUUUUUUAUUUAACUAUGUCUAUGGUUGACCAGUGUGGCUUCAUCCCAAUUUUUUUUUAAAUGUUUCCAUUUGGGGAUUCCAAUUAGGCUCUUUCUAGAAAGUUGUGGGUGUUUGAUGCUUCCCUUCUCUGUUCUAUUCCAGUUUGAUCAGGAUCAGGUUAAGGAAAGGAGAUGGUCUUGGUGUCAUGCCUUUAAAGUCAGCAUUUGAACGAGAACACACAUUAUUGUGUGUCAAGAGGCAGUAUUAGAAAGAGUCUGAUUUUCUAAAAUAUGCAUCAAAUGCAUAAAUUAUAAAUCAGAGCUGAGUAGAGAGGUGCUUUACCAGAAGCGGGAUUGAUACUGUUUCCACUGGGAAGAGAACAGAGUUCUAUCUGUACAUGUGAAGGCCAAGGUUGAUCAGCUUAACCUUGUUUUUGUGAUUUUUAAAGCUGGUUUGGGGAGCCAGGAAGCUUUGUGUGAAGAUGUGCAUCCGUAUGUUAGCUCAGUGUCUUUUAAUAGUGUCUGGUUUCACUGUCCUUGUCACUAUUGGAGGCAUGUUGGGGGUUUUUGUGGUGUCUGAUGUUGGCAUUUGGGAAAAGCCAGCUGUUGUGGGCACCGCCCUGUGGAAUGGCCUUCUCUCUGGGUGCCUGAGGUGUCCGCUCACAGGGGGCCUCUCACCCUCUCACCUGACAUUUACAAUGGAUUGUAUUUGUCAGGCAAAAAAGGUGGAUCCAUUCAUAGAGCAGAAAGAAUCUGUCGGCGCACGGUCUUCCACUAGUUAGAUGGUUUCUUUGGGGGAAAUGUUUAUAAAUGUCAUUUCUAGAAAGCCAGAAAAUGGAUUCAGAUUUUGUAGCCAGCAUUUUGAUAAAAUGCCACAAAAAUAAGGGCUCUAGAGAGACUUUUACCAGAUGGAUUUUUGUUCCCAAAAUCUUUUAAAUGAAGCCAGUGGUUCCCAGUUCUCAGCACAUGACCCAAUCAAGAUGAAGCAGCACUGGAAACCCUCUGCAGGCACAACAGCACUUCCUGUGCUGGCCCGAGGGCACUUCCUGUGCAGGCCCAAAGGCACUCCUUGUGCAAACCUGAGGGCACUUCCUGUGCAGGCCUGAAGGUACUUCCUGUGCAGGCCUGACAGCACUUCCUCUUUGAGGCCUGAAAACACUUCCUCUGCAGACUUAGUGCUACAGGAAGCAAAAUGCACAUGUGCAAUUUUUUUAAAGGCUUUUAAGCAAUGUAAUAAAGUUGGUGUUGAGAACAUGAGUUGCCUUAUUCUCAGACUUCCUAAGGCCGAGUGCCCGCUCAGACUUCAGGUUUGCCAGAAAGGAAGGAAUUAUGGACUUUGAAGAUAGGAGAUGUCAUUACAAGUCACUCGGAGCCAUCUCAAAGAGCAGGUUCUAUGAGGGACAGAGAAUGGUUUUGCACAGUCAGGUGAGGUGUGCCUGUGCCAUUCUGGAGUUGCUGGUUAGUGUGGGGCGCGUGUGACUAACAAUCACUGUUUAAAAAUGUGAGGAUGCGAUGGAAGCAUAUGUUCAUGAUGCGCUCCAUGGUGGCCAGUCCCAUCACUGUCUAUUUUUUUAUCCAGAGGCUUAGUUAAAUGAUGAUGCAAUGAUUUGUGCACAUUGAGACGAUGAGACUCUAUUUCUGGGUGGAAAGAUGUACCAGAUUAGAUUUACCUGUUUAAAAAGACAAAGGUUAUUACCGAAUCCCCUUCCCAUCUUGCACUGUUUGUUUGGAUUGGGCUGGGGGACAAGAUGUUUUUCUUUACUGUCUACUUUGUUUGAAUUUUUUUUUUUUUUUUUUUUUUUUUU